CACUCUCACUCGCUCUCUCUCUCUCUCUCUCCCUCCCUCUCUCUCUCUCUCUCUCUCACUCCCUCUCUCUGUCUCUCUCGCUCCCUCUCUCGCUCUCUCCCUCUCACCCCCUCUCUCUGGAAACACCUCCCUAUUGACAGCCUCUCUCGGUCCCGGGUUUGGCUGGUCCUCUUUCUGGUUGUGGUGUACAGCUGGCCCUGAUGUCGAGGAGAGAGGCAGCAGCACUUUUCUCUAUGUGAUUCUGUUUCCAGCUCUACAGCCUUGGAUCUGCAGUUCGACAGUCUGAUCGGACUCCUACUCCUCUACACCUCAGGGAUCCUCAGGUUUCUCCUCCACUUUAUGACAGUCUGUUGCGAUAUUUGCUUUACCCGUAGAUCGAUGGACAGCUGCUCCUUCUAGAAUCAUUGUAUCUUUAUCAGGAUUAAGGACCUCGUAUUGGAGACAGGCUGGUGAAUGGUUGUCAACAAACAAGCAGAGAGGUCAAAAUGGAACCAAUUAGGAAAGACAUGGAGCUGCUAAGUAACAGCAUGGCUACCUAUGCUCACAUCAAAGCUAACCCAGAGAGCUUUGCUCUGUACUUCAUGAUGGGUGUGUGUUUUGGCCUGCUCCUGGCCCUGUGCCUCCUGGUCACCGGCAUCACCUGUAGGACCCGCCGUAUCAAUAAGCCUCCCCCGUCCCCAGAGAGGAGACAACUGAAGGAGUCCAGUGAAGAAGAGGAGGAUGAGGAGAGUGUGGAUGUGGAAGAAGGGGAGGAGGCAGAGAUCCCUAAAGUGACGGUGGCGCCCAUGAGCGACCGCAACAGCCAAUUGAACGGUACUUUGAGGAGCGUGAAUGUGUUUGCGUCGGCGGAGGAGCUGGAGAGGGCGAGACGACUGGAGGACAGGGAACGCAUCGUCAGGGAGAUCUGGAGGAACGGACAGCCAGAUAUACUGACCACUGGAACAGGGACCAUCGGACGGAUACACUACCACUAAUGGACUAAAGUGACUUAAGGACCUGAAACACAUGGUCUGAACCCUGAACUAAUUAGGGUUGAUCUACUCCAGACAGACAUCGUAGCUGACUGUAUUAGGCUGGCACAGAUUCACCUUCAUCUUUUCAUUCAAUGAUUUUUUUUUCUUAUACAAACUAAUUUCAUUAUCAUUCAUGUACUGACCUAUGACAAAAGUGUGUUGCACAAUACAACGUACGCUUUAACAUGUAAUUAUUCAAUUAGUAUUGAGAUAAAUAGAAUGACAUAACCACUGCUCCCAAUCGACACACAUAAUAAGUAACAUGAAAAAUACCCCACAAUGUUUUACAAUGCAGACAGCUUGAAGAACCAACCACCAACAUUGCUGCCUCUUUGUGUAUAAUGUCAACAUUUGCUUAUGGACUCUUCUAUGGUUGUAACGCUGCUCCCACACAGAGUCAGUUCCAAGCUCCAACCCUCCAGGCCAAUCUUAGCCGGCUGGAAGUCUUCCCACGGAAUCCUCCCAGCCUUUAACCCAGCGUUUAGCCACCACCUUUGACCCCAUCACUUCCUGUGUUACAGCAGCAGCAACACUCCCCUCAAGGGAAGAUUGUUGAGGACUUAUGAAAAGACCACAUAAAUCAAAUCAAAUGUAUUUAUAUAGCCCUUCGUACAUCAGCUGAUAUCUCAAAGUGCUGUACAGAAACCCAGCCUAAAACCCCAAACAGCAAGCAAUGCAGGUGUAGAAGCACGGUGGCUAGGAAAAACUCCCUAGAAAGGCCAAAACCUAGGAAGAAACCUAGAGAGGAACCAGGCUAUGUGGGGUGGCCAGUCCUCUUCUGGCUGUGCCGGGUGGAGAUUAUAACAGAACAUGGCCAAGAUGUUCAAAUGUUCAUAAAUGACCAGCAUGGUCGAAUAAUAAUAAGGCAGAACAGUUGAAACUGGAGCAGCAGCACGGCCAGGUGGACUGGGGACAGCAAGGAGUCAUCAUGUCAGGUAGUCCUGGGGCAUGGUCCUAGGGCUCAGGUCCUCUGAGAGAGAGAAAGAAAGAGAGGAGAGAAUUAGAGAACGCACACUUAGAUUCACACAGGACACCGAAUAGGACAGGAGAAGUACUCCAGAUAUAACAAACUGACCCUAGCCCCCCGACACAAACUACUGCAGCAUAAAUACUGGAGGCUGAGACAGGAGGGGUCAGGAGACACUGUGGCCCCAUCCGAGGACACCCCCGGACAGGGCCAAACAGGAAGGAUAUAUAUAUACAUAUACCUGUUCUGUAUUCCAAAUGGAACCCCAUUCCUCACCUCUAUCACAGGAGGUUGGUGGCACCAUAAUUUGGGAGGACAAGGGUUCGUGGUGAUGGCUGGAGCGGAAUCGGUGGAAUGGGAUCAAACACAUGGUUCCUAUGUGUUUGAUGCUAUUCCAUGAGUCAUUAUUAUGAGAUGUCCUCCCCUCACCAGCCUCCACUGACUACUAUAUAUGGAUUAAAGCACCAUUUGAGACUCAUCCCUUUAAUAGCGCUUCAGUGAGUGACUCUAGUCUUUGACUUGAGAGGUUAUGUAACUUCAGUCUGCACAAAGUUGCAUAUUGAGCAUGUGAUCAUUGCCAAAUGCUUUAUUUGAAAUUGGCCCCGAUAAAGAACAUUUCAGUCCACUGCUAAAUUCCUAGUCCUAAGCAGACUUUUCUUUGGCCUUUGGUUAGGAAUGAUGCAAAAAUAUCCUGUUGAGUCCAAAGAACUUCAGAUACUACAGCUUUGAAAGUGUACAACUUAAAGGGUUAGUUCAGCAUUUUGGCAAUGAAGCCCUUUAAUAUCCCCCUUCCGCCUUUAUUUCCUUCCCCAGAGUCAGAUGAAUUUGUCGAUACCAUGUUUAUGUCUCUGCAUACAGUGUGAAGUUGCUAACCAGUGUUAGUGCAAUGACUGGAAGUCUAUGUAAGUCAGUAUAACAGAUUGUGAAAUAAACAAAUUGCUUAUUGGA